CCGGGCUCUGCAGGCUCUGGCCGCUCCGGCCGCUCCGGCGCCAUGGAGCGGAAGCGGUCGUCGCGUCGCCACAAGCCGCUCGGCGAGAAGAUCAAGGACUCGCUGCGCCACUUCGUGGCCUUCAUGUUCAGCAACGUGGGCAUCAUCGGGCUGGUCGUCGGCUACACCAUCGUGGGCGCCCUGCUCUUCCAGCACAUCGAGGGCAAGAACCCCAAGAGCGUGACCAAGAAGACGGAGGACGCCGACCGGCUGCGCAACGCGACCGCCGACCGCCUCUGGAACGUCACGUGCUGCUUCAUCAUCCCGCUGGAGGAGGACGUCUGGAUCAAGGAGGCCAACAAGCUGAUCGAGGAAUAUCAGAAAGACUUUGUCCGCACCAUGAAGGGGGCGGGUUCGGACAGCGGCAAGUCUACGGACAACUGGUCCUUCUCCGGCGCCUUCCUCUACUCCCUCACCGUCAUCACGACCAUCGGUUACGGCAACGUGACGCCGCGGUCCGAGUGGGGCAAGAUUACCACCGUCGUGUACGCCAUCAUCGGCAUGCCCCUGUUCCUGCUGUACCUGUCCAACAUCGGGGACAUCCUCGCCAAGUCCUUCAAGUGGACCUACGCCAAGUUGUGGCUGUGCAAGGGCUGCCCCGGGGCGCGGCGCAGACGCCUGGCACGCGCCAUGCAGCACGGCAACAUGUCCGAGGCCGAGGAGGAAGAGGACGAGGUGGACGACGGCGAGGAGGCCGACGACGAGACCAACAGCUCGUCCGAGAGCGGGGACACUUACGACCCGCAGACCGUCACCGUGCCCGUCACGCUCUGCCUCGCCAUCAUGGUCGGGUACGUCUGCGGCGGCGCCGUGCUCUUCUCCAAGUGGGAGGACUGGGACACGCUGGACGGCUCCUACUUCUGCUUCAUCUCGCUGUCCACCAUCGGCUUCGGCGACAUCGUGCCCGGCUCCAGCGUCUACUCGGACGGCGACGGCAUCGAGAUGUCCUUCAUCUUCUGCUCCAUGUACCUCAUGAUGGGCAUGGCCCUCAUCGCCAUGUGCUUCAACCUGAUGCAGGAGGAGGUGAUCCACAAGAUCCGGUCGUGCGUCCGCACCAUCCGAUACGUGACGCGCUGCAACCGGCGGCGGGCGGCGGCCGCGACCUGACGCUCUGACCGUCCACGUCGGCGGCCUGCAGGGAGGACGCCAG